GCACCGCCCCGUGGCUCCGCGAAGUUGAAUCCCGCGUGGCCCGCCGCAGGGCUCAGUCCACUCGCGUCCCCCCCACCCCCGGCUCUGCAGAGGGGCUGGACAGCUGUCCUGCCCGGUCGCGGCUUCGGGUGUCCGCGCUCCCGCGGGAAGAGAGCUCAACACCUUCGGGGACCUGGAGCCAGCUGGUUCCCAAGUAGCUGAAAUGAGAAAAAGGCAGCAAUCCCAAAAUGAAGGAACACAGGCUGUGUCUCCAGCACCCGGAAACCAGAGGCCCAACAACACCUGCUGCUUCUGCUGGUGCUGCUGCUGCAGCUGCUCCUGCCUCACCGUCAGGAACGAGGAGAGAGGAGACUCUGCGGGGAGACCCCCCCACACCACAAAAAUGGAGAGCAUCCAGGUCCUAGAGGAAUGCCAAAACCCCACUGCAGACGAGGUCAUGUCCUGGUCUCAAAAUUUUGACAAGAUGAUGAAGGCUCCUGCAGGAAGAAACCUUUUCCGAGAGUUCCUCCGAACAGAAUACAGCGAGGAGAACCUCCUCUUCUGGCUAGCCUGCGAAGACUUAAAGAAAGAGCAGAACAAAAAAGUCGUUGAAGAGAAGGCCAGGAUUAUAUAUGAAGACUACAUUUCUAUACUGUCGCCGAAGGAGGUCAGCCUGGAUUCCCGAGUUAGGGAGGUGAUCAACAGGAACCUGCUGGACCCCAGCCCUCACAUGUACGAAGAUGCCCAGCUGCAGAUCUACACCCUAAUGCACAGGGAUUCCUUCCCCAGAUUCCUGAACUCGCAAAUCUAUAAAACUUUUGUUGAAAGUACUGCCACCUCCUCUUCUGAAUCUUAAUUUUCGUUUGAAAGGCCAAAAAAAAAAAAAAGUAAUCAUUUCAGAGGGCUGGGAUGGGAAAUGUGAGUAGGUAAAUGACAUCAGAAAUUGAGUUCCUGGAGAACUACAGGUCGGCACCCUCGGGAUGCUGGCAAGAGACAGCCGUGAAGGUCUUUGUCUCCAUUGUUAUCAAGGUUAUCCAUGAUUCUGGGUGGAGGAAAGCCUAUAUAAGACAAUGAAUUGCCAAAUUAAGCUUGUCUGAUUCAACACUUGUUCUACUUGCAAGCAAACUGUGUUCCUAGUCCUCUGAACCGUCUCCUACUGCAUCUCCAGAGGCCGCAUGUGCAAAGUACAACAGCUUUGUUUGCCACUUAGUUGUACUAUUUAAUCUGUAGUGUACCUUAUCUAUGUAUUUCAGGACUUUUGUGCAAUAUGGUCUCUUAGAAACAAUUGCCAACAAAUUGGCUGUGGUUUGCAUUUUUUAAGCCUAAUCUGAUACAAAAAAGCUAUUUUAAACAUGCAACUGUGAUAGUUAACCAUGCUACAUACUAUGUUUAGUACAUGGACUUUGAAGCCAAUUUUUCUGUACAUGGAAAGAAAAAGUAGCUGUAUAUCUCUGCCUGUUGACGGGAUCUUGGUCUGAGAGUCCUCUGGUUGUUCACUGCCCAAACUCCGGCAUUUUCAUUACAGAAGAAUUUGCUAUGUUUAAAAGAAAAGAAAAUAAAACAGCAACAAAAAUCUAACAAUGAUAAAAAAUAUUUUAAAAAGCACAAAACAAUCUGAAGAUAUCCUAUCUCGCUGAAAAAAUCCGAGAGUGAUACUGUUUUUAGGUAUGAAAGAAGAAAUGAGUAUGUAUAUAUCAAAUGUCCGAUACUGUAAUUAAUUUAUUAAAGAAUGGCUCUCCAGUUCUAAAAUAGUUGUGUAAACGUAUGUAUGUCAGCAAGAAAACAAUAGGAUGCUUGAUAAUCCAGUGUGGGGCUAUGAAGGAAAAGAUUUAGUAGGGAAUGCCUACAUGCAGCACUGUGAAAGGCAUCUGAGGAACUGCGUCUGGCAUGUGGCGUAUUUGCCUGGGACAUAUAAUCCAGUGAAAAGCUUAAGUUUUUCCUAAGCAACAUUUUACAAGGGGUUAUGAAGAUGAAAACUUUGGAAGUCAGACCUUAACGGUUUUCAUGUGGUAUCUCAAGAAAGACUUAUUUUAACAUUGUUCAAAACAAACUACUAACCCUCACCCACAAUUAAAAGGCAGUACAGUGCUCAAAUUCUUUAGCUGCCAAUGUUAUUUUUUGUAAUUACACCAUCUCUUUACAUGAAAUACUCACCUGACCUUGGCAUGCAUUUCUGACCUUCAGAACGGUCAUAUUGUGCACAAAUCCAAAGUUACAACCAAUGUCAUAUUUAUAUCAAGGUCUUAUCUUUCAAUAUCAAUAUCCCCUGGAGACUAUUUUUUUAAUCUUAAACUCAAUGAAUAUAAUGUUGAGUAAUCUAAAAAAAUGGAAGAUUUAAAAAGAUUUAUAUCCACUGAGAAUACUGGCCUUAUAUUAAGGAUGAUAUUAAAAUUAUAGGUUUUAUUUGUCAUUUUUUUAACUACCUCUCAUUUUUUUAAUUUAUUAAACAUAUUUUUUUAAAAAGAAAAGUUUGGAGUUUUCUUUUUAAAUUUGUUUUACUUGACAGGUUGGCAUCAUGUUUCUUUUUCCAUAAAUUUAAAGCAUUUUAAGACUUGUUUUUUUAAAUGAGUAUGAUUUUCUAACUUAUAUAGAAUUCAGGAGCUAUGAUUAAAAGGGCUAUUACCUAUUCCCUAUGCAAAUAUUUUAACUGUUGCAGUGUUUGACAAAAUGGGAUUUUAAAAACAAUUGCAGAGUAGAAAACAAAAUGCUGUGUUUACACUGGCGGCGCUGACUAUCCUACCGUGUUCAGCACUUUUAAAUACAUUAUUUAUGUAGACAUAGUGAAGAUGCAGAUAGAAAAUAUUUAUAAUAGUCAUCUUUUAACAAAUGCCUGUGUUUUUUUCUGAAAGUGUUAGUGUAUUUAAGAUGUGCUUUAUCCAUGUUUCCUAGAUAUUUACUAUUUGUGUAGCUUCAGUAAUAUGUUGAGAAAAAGAUAGUUAUGAAGAUGUUUACAAAAAAAAAAUCCUAUUUUUUUUUCCUAAAGAGUCAAGAAAGCUUACAAAGAGCAUCGUCGCUUCUACUGUGAAGUCCCUUCAUCUAAAUCAUUUAACUCUUUUCUUGAUUACUGUUUCUUACGCUACUGUGAUGUGUACACGUUUAUAGUAUGGCAUCAUAUGUGUUUCUGUGUUUGAGGCACAAUGCAUUGGUGCGCGUACCAGGAGAUAUGUAAUAUACUAUGACGCCCUGCAUGCAAAGUUGUUUUCGAUGUAGCCUUUAUAAACCUGUUGUUACUGUGGAUGCUGGUGACUUACUAUCUUGGAUUAUCUUUACAAGAUGCUCUGGACUAUUAGGGGAAUUGUCUGCUUGACAAUGCAUCGAAUAUUUUACCAAAUGUAAAAGUUAAGGGCCUUCGUAAGGAGUCCUCAUUUCUAACCUGGGCAUUUGCUAUGUUUGCAUUGCAAAGUUGCUGUGUCUUUUUGGAACCCGGGUUAAGAAGUUUCAUCGAGAAAGUUCUAGGGCACAUUUGCACAAUCCGUGUCAUGGCGUGUGUGCAGUUUUGUGCUAAAAUCCGAUUUCAGGGGGAGGGUUCCUUAUUUCAUUUCAGAAUGUUUCAGGUUUGGAAGAGUGUGUCUGUGGUUUUUAAGGUACAGUAUGAUGUCUUCUGUUUAAAUCACAGAGAUAUAAUAAACCAACAAAAGCCCUC